AUGAAGCCUUUUUUGCCACCACCAUCACCUACCUACCUUGGUCCUUGCGAUACGAACGAUGCAACCGUAUUCUCGACUAUCCAUCGACUCCUCCAGGCUCCUGCUGGGAAAAAGGUCUCAGAGUCGUUGAGCAAGCAGGUGGCCGAAGGAAGAAACAUGGGCAUUGCAUACGGGAAAAGAAAGGAGAAAGGGCAACGUACUGUGUAG